GCAUCCGCCGCGCUCGACGGCCACCGGCCCACCAGGGCACCAUGGCGUCCGCCACGCGUGCUCUGGGGGCGCUCCUCCACAGGGCCUCGUCUCUGUCUUCCUCCGCUCCCGCUCUCCGGGGAGCCUCGCUCCUCCGCGGGGACGGGCCUAUUGGAAGCGCCGGACUGUUCCGGAGGCAUGCGGCGAGGCGGCGGAUUUCGUCGUUCCAGCCGCUCUGCAUGGGAAGACGCUCCUGCAAAAUCGCUGGAAGGAAGGUGAUGUUCUCUUGCCAUGAUGCACAAUGUCACAUUAACGAAGUUCGGGACGGCUGGCUGUGCAUAUUCUGGUUGGCAAAGCCGUGGAAAUAUCCCGUGCAAUCAAUCAUGUUGUGCAUGCGUGCAAUCAAGCAAUCAAAUUCCCAAUGAAAAUCCAAUAGUAACUGCUAGUUUACAUUUAACUCCUUCCGCGUGAAACCAGCAACAUUGUACUUAUUUUUAUAUUUAAUCCCAUUUCAUAUGAAACCGUUAGAUCUAGAUUGGAUUCCUGGAUGAUUUGAUUGCAUGCUUGCACCAAAUGUGUGAUUACAGUGGAUAUAUCCCCGGCAAAGCCUCCAUUUGGAAUAAUAGAAAUGGAUGCAACAACAAAUAUCAUUGUGUUUCGAAUUUUCGGUUCUCUUGAGGAUCUGAGCUAGCUUUUGCUGCUAAGUAGUUGUUCGCUUCGGAUUAAAGCCGACUGUUUAGACUGCUGCAGCUGUAAUCUAUAGAGACAAAAACAUUGUAGAAACAGUAGAAGCCGGUACGGAUUAAAACCAAGCGAAUAAGCUCGGUCCAUUAGCGUAAUUGAGAAUGGAAAAACUGAAAACAGAAAGUAGCUUUAGUUUCUUGUUUAUAAAAUGUAGUUAGCUUUAACGUCUCAAUAUGUAUCCUCAGAGCAACUCCAACAGCCUUACUAAAUUGAACAAAAUCAGUAAAAAAAAGAAAAGCCUGGUUAAAAACGCAUCCAACAGGCUAGCUUUCUACCUCUCUUCUCCAUCCGGCUCGUCAUCUACUCCCCUCGCUAGGCAUCUUUGCCGAGGGCGUACGGCUCGCCAUUUCCUUUUAUCGCGCCCAACUGCCCUCCCGCCGUCACGGCAAAUUCCAGCUCCCGCGACCGCGACAUUGCACCCUCGCCACCGCGACCAGCCCGUGCCUCCACAUUCAUCCGUCGCCAUGUACAAACCUGUACGGCCCCAUUCGUUGAACAAGUGAAGAAACUGGAUUGUGGAAUGCUCCUCUUUCUCAGUGUUCGCCAGGAAGGAUAGAUCCGGAGGCGCAUCGUACGGGUGGAGAUUUGGACCAAUCCACUGUAGGAUUGAUGCACCGGCGUUUGCUUCCUCCUACAAGCUUCGAAGGCCUAAUGUCAGCAAAUCUGUCCCAUGCCAAUCGAAUAAACAGGGAUGAAUCCUACACAGGAUGCCCAGAACUUGAAGAAGAUGAAGCGCAACAGCAAAAUUGGAAAAGAAAUUGUUGCGGCCAUCAAGAAGGGUGGCCCAAACCCUUCAUCCAACACAACUUUAUCAGCUAUACUAGAGAAAGCAAGGGAACUUGAUGUCCCUAGAGAAAUUUUGGAGCGCAACAUCAAAAGGGCAUCAGAAAAGGGACAAGAUACUUACACAGAAAAGGUUUAUGAGGUCUAUGGUUUUGGUGGAGUGGGUAUGGUCGUUGAAGUUCUAACUGACAAAAUUACAAGAUCAGUUGCUGACAUUAGAAACGUGGUGAAAGACUGCGGAGCAAAAUUGGCUGAUCCUGGAUCUGUUACCUUUAGAUUCAGACAAGCUCGAGUGGUGAACAUAAAAGUUACUGAUGCAGAUAAGGACCAACUGCUCACCGUUGCGUUAGAUGCUGGUGCUGAUGACGUCCUUGAACCAAAUUUUGAUGAUGAUGACUCUGAAGAAGAAGCAGAAAGGUUCUACAAGAUAGUUACUACAUCAGAAAACUACCCAGUUUUGCUAUCGAAGCUUCAAGAAGAAGGAUUGAAGUUUGAAACUGAUAAUGGCUACGAACUUGUUCCUCUGAACCCAAUUGAGGUGGACGACGAGGCCGUGGAACUAAACAAGGAACUUGUUUCAAAUUUGCUAGAGCUUGAUGACGUUGAUGCCGUCUAUACAGACCAAAAAUGAGUGAAUUCAUGAGCUACAGCUCUCAAUUCAAGACGCGCUCGGCCAAUGGACUUUGUUCGAGUAUAUUCACUUUUCAUUGAUGGGAAAAAAAUGUUAGGUCUUUUUAUGAAGCCUGGUUGAGCACCAUCGGCUCUACCCAAAAACUUAACCUAGUUAUCCAGCAUCUUUUUGAUACUUUGGCAUUUCGCAAGCUCAUGUCUAUACCUUGGUUUCUUCCCAGCCCAUCGUGUUGGGAUGGUUUGAUACAUGUUCAGAAAGCAGAUGUGAGAAACCAUAGUAAAAUAAUACGUUGAUGCUGAUCCAUUUUUGGGUCUUGUUAAAUUGCAAUGGAAAUGCUAUGAUUUUGGUAAGCAUUGAAAUGAAAA